AUGGCCUCCCCAAACGUAAGUUCGGAUCCAUCUCGCACUGGACCGCAACCAGCUCCCAAAAUUACAGUGGACUUGGUCGAUGUCCUUGUAGGUAACGAAGAUGAUGCCAGUCUCGGCGCCAGCGUGUCCGACAUUUCGCCCCGAACUUGCUCGGCUCCUACGCUUGCCAUUCUGUCAUCAGACCUGGAGCCUCAGGGGACAUCGCCCAACUCUCUGCACAAUCUUCGUCCGCCAUCACGCUCGUCGUGGGAAUGUUCGGCGACUCAGUAUUCAUCUACAGAUGGGCCCUCCAGGACCCUCUCUGGCGCAACGACCUUCAGUAAUAUGUCUAACCUAAAUGCUAGUUUCUCGGUGUCGCAAUGCGCCUCGGGUUCCCACGAAGCUAUAUUUUCGGUAUCUGUGGAGACGCUCGAGAAAUUACUAGAGCAAAGAACUAUCGCCGACUUCGAUGCAUUAGGUGGAUUACGUGGUCUAGCGAACUCAUUACUGACGGAUUGUCACUCUGGGAUUGCGGCUGACACUGAUUCGGUGACAUCGGAUGGAUCUCUUCCAAAUAUAGCCAGUCAUACAGAAAGGAGGCGCGUCUUCGGGGAGAAUCAUCUGUUGGAAACAAAAUCGAAGACAUUUCUUUACCUCUUGUGGCUCAACUUCAAUGACACGGUCUUGUUGCUCCUAUCUGCAGUGGCGGUCGUUUCGCUGGCCCUGGGCUUGUAUCAAACCUUUGGGCAACCACACAAACCUGGGCAGCCGAAGGUUGAAUGGGUUGAUAGCGUUACGAUACUCACAGCCGUUCUAAUUGUGGUUGUGGUAGGGGCUCUUAAUGACUAUCAGAAGGAAAAGCAGUUUGCAAAGCUCAAUAGAAAGGUCUGUUACAAACCAUGGACCACGUCUACAAAGACUGACUCCCACGAGCAGAAGGCAGACCGCAUGGUCAAGGCAAUUCGAUCAGGUAGGUCUAUAGAAAUAUCCAUCCAUGAGGUUAUGGCUGGGGAUAUCCUGCACGUUGAACCGGGAGACGUGCUACCCGCUGACGGAGUCCUUGUCUCUGGUCACAACGUUUGCUGUGAUGAGUCGACUGUUACUGGAGAAUCGAACCCAAAAAGAAAGACACCAGCACAUUUAAUAACGGACCUCUUGCGUCCAAUCACACCUGAUGAUGACCCGGAUCCGUUCAUGAUUUCAGGUACAAAGGUCCUGGAGGGACUUGGCACCUAUCUUGCGACCGGCGUUGGUCUUCACAGUAUCAAUGGAAAGCUCAUGAUGUCCAUAACCAAUGAGGAGCCGCGUCCCACUCCCUUACAGGUGAAGCUAACUGCCGUUGCCAACCAGAUUGCUACGGCAGGCGUAUCUGUGGCAGUAUUUCUCUUUCUGGCCCUCUUUAUCAAAUUCCUUUGGGGGGUAGGGUGGAGCCAAGGCUUGCCAUCAGACGGCAAUCUGUAUGUGCAUACCCUCCUACGCAUAACCAUUGUGUCUAUCACCGUGGUUGUCAUCGCCGUUCCCGAAGGCUUGCCGCUGGCCGUAACCCUGGCCCUUGCUUUUACGGUGACCCGGAUGCUGAAAGAUAAGAAUCUGGUCCGGGUGCUCAGUGCCUGCGAGACAAUGGGAGGUGCUACCAGUAUAUUCUGUGAUAAGACCGGGACCCUCACCACAAACCGCAUGACUGUCGUGGGUGGACUCCUUGGGACAAAGCAUCAAUUUGGAGCGAAGCUCUUAUCUCGUGAUACUCAACUUGUCUACCCUCACGGCCUGUCUGAACUCCACGCUAUAUCAACAAACAAGUUGAUUUCUCUUCUGUCAGAAGAGGUCCGAUAUACUCUAUCGCAGUCGAUUGUCAUAAACUCAACUGCGUUUGAGAGUGAAGAAAACGGCAGACCAACAUUCGUCGGGUCAAGGACCGAAAGUGCCUUGUUGUCCUUUGCGCGAGAAAGACUCGGAAUUGGACCUGUGGCAGUGGAACGGACAAACGCCCAAAUCACCCAGGUUAUUCCCUUCGACUCGAGCAGAAAGUACAUGGUCUCCGUGGUGAACCUCGGAGGCGUCUUCCGAAUGUAUAUGAAAGGUGCUCCCGAAGUUCUACUCGCGAAGUGUUCUCGUAUAGUCAAGGACGCAACCUCAGAUCUAGACCAAACCGCCCCUGUGAAUGAUUACUAUGACUUGCUAAGCCAGGCCAUGCAUCAUUACAGCGACCAAGCUUUGCGGAUGAUUGGCCUUGCGUAUCAGGACUUCCCGGCUUAUCCUCCUCCGGGGGUGGGAAGAAUCGACGAUGAGCCCGGACAGACUAUCAUAGACGACGCUCUACAAGAUAUGAUAUUUCUUGGAAUUUUCUGUAUUCAGGAUCCACUGCGGCCAGGGGUAGAAGAAGCGGUCGCCAAGUGUCAAUACGCAGGGGUGACGGUGCGAAUGGUCACUGGAGAUAAUAUCGGAACCGCCACGACCAUUGCAAAGAAGUGCGGCAUUCUGGAACCGCAUAGUGUCGUCCUUGAAGGACCUGCAUUUCGCAUGCUCUCGAAAACCGAAAUGUAUCAGGUCAUUCCACGACUUCGUGUCCUUGCCCGGUCGAGCCCCGAGGAUAAGAGAGUUUUAGUCAUGCGAGCAAAGGAAUUGGGCGAAACAGUGGCAGUAACGGGGGACGGGACAAAUGACGGGCCGGCUCUCAGGAUGGCAGAUAUUGGGUUCUCGAUGGGCAUGUCGGGCUCUGAGAUUGCGCGAGAAGCAUCUUCUAUUAUUUUGAUGGAAGAUGAGUUCUCAUCGAUCGUCAAGGCUAUUGAGUGGGGAAGGGCAGUCAACGACUCUGUUAAGAAGUUUCUGCAGUUUCAAUUGACCGUCAAUAUCACUGCUGUAACCCUUACCUGUGUCUCUGCCAUAGCUAGUGAAAGGGAAGAGCCAAUCCUUACACCCGUGCAACUGUUGUGGGUGAAUCUGAUUAUGGAUACGUUCGCUGCUCUCGCUUUAGCCACCGACCCUCCCGCACCAAGUGUGCUCGACAGGAAACCACAACCAAAGACCGCACCGUUGGUCACAAUAGAGAUGUGGAAGAUGAUAAUCGGCCAGUCCGUCUACCAACUGGCGGUGGUUCUGGCGUUGAACUUCGCCGGUAGCAAGAUCAUUCAGGACAUUGGCACCGAAGAUAGCCUUAAAACACUUGUGUUCAACACAUACGUUUGGAUGCAGUUUUUUAAUCAGUACAACAACCGCCGUCUCGAUAGCAACCUCAAUGUUUUUGAGGGCAUUUUGACGAACUGGUAUUUCAUCGGCAUCAAUGUGAUUACUAUUAUAGGCCAAAUAUCAAUAAUUUCCUUUGGGGGCAAUACCCUUUCCGCCGUCCGUCUUUCCCCUAUACAGUGGGUGAUCUCGCUUGUUCUUGGAGCGUUGAGUCUAAUGGCUGGUGUCAUCGUGCGCCUGAUUCCCAAUGAACUGCUACGAAGUAUUUCGGCUAAGUUGGGAAGUAUAUGCCUAAGUGAGGAAGAGGACGAUAGAUUCUAG